GCGUACGCAGUUUCCAUGGGGACUGAAGAUGGCGCCGCGAGGCAAACGAUUGUCUUCAACCCCUCUGGAAGUCCUGUUCUUUCUCAAUGGGUGGUAUUACGCUACCUAUUUCCUGUUGGAACUCUUUAUAUUCCUGUAUAAAGGUCUCCUGCUGCCAUACCCAACAGCCAACCUAGUCCUGGAUAUGGUGAUGCUCCUCCUUUAUCUUGGAAUUGAAGUAGUUCGACUGUUUUUUGGUACAAAGGGAAACCUCUGCCAGCGAAAGAUGCCACUUGGCAUCAGUGUGGCCUUGACCUUCCCAUCUGCCAUGCUGGCCUCCUAUUACCUGCUGCUGCAGACCUACGUGCUCCGCCUGGAAGCCAUCGUGAACGGCAUCUUGCUUUUCUUCUGUGGCUCAGAGCUGCUGCUUGAGGUGCUCACCCUGGCUGCUUUCUCCAGUAUGGACAGGAUUUGAAGUACAAAAAUUUCAACCUGCAGCCCAUUCGGCUGACACCACACAUAUUUCUGGUGUUUUAGCUAUACCCAUGAGAAGUGGUGGGUGAAGUUGACCUGGGAAAGGUUGUGCAGCUUUGCCUCAGCACAGACAUUUGGGCAGUCAGCCUGCCUAAGGCCAGUGGGCAUUAUCUUCUAGACCUGAGCAUCAGCCUGAGACACUCUUCACUCCAGUACAGGGAGGGGAAAGGCUAUUCCCAUCCUGGCCCUUCUCAGAACAGUUUCCUGCUGACCUCAAGUUCUUGAUCAUCAUGGCCAGAACAUCUUGUGUGGACCAUCUCGGCUCCUUGGGCUUCCAGAAGGACCUGAGCC